AUGUCGGAGAGCGAGUUAGCAGUAAUAAAGCCAGAGGCGUUGAAGGCUUAUAUUUGGCUUCAGUGCUUUGAUGGUUCCAUACAGCAAGUGGACGAGGAGGUUGCGAUAUUCUGCCCCAUGAUAUGUCGGGAAAUUGUGAAAAAUGGCACAGGGUCGUCCAAAAAUCAUGCUAUUACUCUCCCACAAAGAGUUAAUCCAGCCAGUUUGAGUUUGAUUCUUGACUACUGCCGGUUUCAUCAGGUCACUGGGCGCUCAAACAAGGAGCGGAAGUCCUUUGAUGAAAAGUUUGUUAGGAUAGAAACAGAAAGACUCUGCGAAUUGACUUCUGCAGCUGAUAGUCUACAGUUAAAGCCACUUGUUGAUCUUACUAGUCGAGCUCUUGCUCGAAUUAUUGAAGGAAAGACACCUGAGGAAAUUCGUGACAUUUUCCAUUUACCAGAUGACUUAACAGAGGAAGAGAAAUUGGAGCCCCUAAAAAAUAUAAAUGAUGAUCCUAGGAUUCGCCUAUUGAACCGAUUGUAUGCGAAGAAGCGGAAAGAGCUCCAGGAGCGCCACGAGCGCCAGAAGCUGAAGGAUGUUCAAGUACAAAAAGAGCAAAAAGAUGAGAGAUCUUUGGAUGAGUUACUUUGUUUUAUUAAUGGGGAUGGAGGUUCAGGAGGUGGGAAAGCUACCAAGAGUAAGAAAAAGAAUAAAAGAAGGAAGGAUCAUGCUAAGAACCCCCCAAAAGCUGACUCUGAGCCUGCAAAUGCGGAGGGAGCUGCUUGUGUGGUUCCAUGCAAAGUGGAUAGCAGUAAUGUUUCUAGACUUCCAUGCCAGAAUCCAGAUAUACAAGAUGAUGUCGAGUACCCCUUUGAAGAUGCUGACCUCGAUGAUGGACUUGAUCCUGCAAUGAAAGAAGAGCUUGAUAGAGAAGUUGAGGACUUCGCAAGGAGGUUGAAUUCAGUUUGGAAUGAUUCACAUAUUGGUGGUAAUGGUUCUGUGCAGAGGUUUCCUGGGUUUAAUCACAGGUGA